AAUUGUGCAGUAUGAGCCACACAGUUCCAGUUUGUUUUUAACCUGUUUUUAAUCUGUUUUCAGACUUUUUGCUUUCUUCCCGCCUGUUUUCUGUUUGUGUCUCACUGCUUACUUCACACCUCGCUCAGCAGCUUUUUCCUGCGUUACUUCUAACAAAAGUUUCACUUCCUUGUCAUGGAUGAUUUCGUAAGAACCAAACUGGUUGAAUGGGGGCUAAGUGAGUGGGUGGAGAAAUUUGAAGAUGAACAAAUCGAUGCAGAAAGUCUGCGUGUCCUUGAUGAUCGAGAAAUUGAUAAUUUGAUCACAAAAGCUGGACCAAGAGUGAAAUUCAAGAAGAACCUCAAGCUGUUAAAGGAGCAUGAAGAAGCAGCUGAUGUGGUUCAGGAAGAACAAAACUCAAAUCAGGAAACAGUCAAUUCUGUUCAAUGUGAACAGGAGCUUGAAGAAGCAGCUGAUGUGGUUCAGGUCUUGCCAUCCACAAGUGAUACAGGAAAGAGAAAAUCAGACCUUCAAAGUAACCCCAGCAGGUUGCAGUCACCAGCUAAGCGACAGCGUCAGUCAAUGCCAGGAUUUGAAGAAUCAAUCAUACUGUCUGAUGUGAAAAGCAUCAUGACAUUUGUAAAUGCCAGACUAAAUGACCAAGACAAACUCAGUGCUUUCUUGAAGAAAAAGAUCAGUGAUUUGGAGACAGACAAGAGGGAGCUGGUUGGCGUCUUUGGUAAAACCGGGGCUGGAAAGAGCUCUUUGAUAAAUGCCAUCAUCAAAGAGAAGAAUCUUUUACCCUCAGGAAGUGUCAGUGCAUGCACCUCAGUCAUGAUCAAAGUGGAAGCGAACACACGUAGCUCAAAGUAUGAAGCAGAAAUUGAGUUCAUCACAAAGGAGGAGUGGAAAGAUGAGUUGUGGUCAUUUCGUCAGUUUCUUGACAAUAAUGAAUAUCAGGAAAAGGAAGGCGAUGAUGAUUAUCGUGAUGCUGUUGAAAAGCUGUCAGCACUGUAUGGAGAAGAAUGGAAAGAAAAGUCUUCUGAAAACCUCAUGGAGAACAAAUAUUUCAAAGAAAUUCCAGAAUUUCUCCAAUCCAGGCGGAAGAUUUUGAGAUGUGAAUCAGCUAAUGAACUUUCUGCAAAAUUUGUCAAGUACACAAGAAGUGAUUCAAAACAAGGAGAAGGUAAUGAAGGAAAAAAGUGGUUUUGGCCACUAGUGAAGUUUGUGACUGUCAGGGUGCCAAACAAGUCUCUUCUCCAGCAUGUCACACUUGUGGACCUUCCUGGAAAUGGCGACUGCAACAAGAGCAGAGAUCAGAUGUGGAAAGGGAUAGUUGGAGAUUGUUCUACUGUGUGGAUUGUGACUGAAAUUAAUCGAGCAGCAGCAGAGAAAGAGGCCUGGGAGAUCCUGGAAAGUGUCAGUAGUCUGAUUGGAAAUGGUGGCGAAUGUCAGCAAAUUCACUUUAUCUGCACCAAGUCUGAUCUUCUUGAUGAUUCGGAUGAUCUUUCACGAGCUGAUAUCCCUGGUCGAAUAGUUAAAAGAAACAUGCAAGCCAAGGAUGGAGUAAGGAAAGAAUUCAACAAGCGAACCAAGAUUAAUAAACACUUCACUGAUGACAGUUUCAAAGUGUUCACAGUGAGCUCCAAAGAGUUCCUAAAAGGGAAGCAUCUAAGUCCAGAAGAAACUGAAAUAACCAAACUUCAGGGAUUUUUGCAAGAUCUCAAUGACUGUCACUCUGAGAUAGUAAACUAUGUGAGUGGAGCUUAUGGGAUUCUGUCUUUGAUUCAAGGAGCCAACUCCGGAGGAGUGGAUGAUAAAAAAGGUGAGGUGUGUGCAGAACUUGAGAGAAACAUGAUCCUUCAACUUGCCAAUAUCAACAAAGAAGUGGCAGAGACCAUUACGGCCUUUGAAAAAUGUCUUAAUGAUGGCGUUGAGAAAUCCAAAGGUUCAUACGGAGAAAAACUCAAGAUCUUCUUGUAUCAUGGAAAGGAUGGUCGUGCUUUUCACAGGGUACUGAAGUGUGUCGUUGAGAAUGGUGGCGUCCACAAACCAAAGAACAGGACCCUAAUUAACCUUAACAUGAUGUUGGCUUCGUGUCUGACUGACAGCAUUGAUGAAGAAUUCAGAAAGACCUUCCCAAAUGACUCAGAAUGUGGAGCAUUCAACGGAGUCAUCAAGACUUUUUCACUUAACACUGAUUCUCUGAUUGAAAAGUACAAAAAUACUGAACUGCAGCUCAGAUUUCUCAAGACAGAGGAAGAAAAAAUUAAGGCAAAACUGAACAGAAUGAUCCGGGAACAGAAGAAAAAAGUCUACAGCAGUCUGACAGAGACAAUUGUGAACAUUAUGGAAGAAGGCUACAAGAAGGCUGCAGAAUUUAGAGGAGAAGGCACGCUGUACAACAUGAGGGAGACUAUUAAGAACCAUGUGCACUCAAAGAAGGACAUGUUUGAGCAGGCAAAAAACACCAUGUUGGAAAAGUUGUGCAGUUUAAAGAGAGACAUCCUGGAGAUUCUGGAGACUACUAUGAAGGAAUCCUUUGAACUUUCAUUCAAGACUGAUGGGAGCUCACUCCCAGAUGUUUCAACAGAGCUUGAUAUGGUGAAGAAACGUUAUGAUGAACUUGCAGCCACUCCAGAUGAUGAAGUGUCCCUUACUGGAUUUGCUGACCAGGUAGAAACUGCAGAAGCCUGGACACAAACAGGUCUUCCCAGAGGAAGUGCUGUUUAAAACAAAAAAACAUCUGAUUUGGUCUCAGUCCUUUUCAGUUGUUUUUAUUUGGUCUCUUUAAAAAGUUUUUGGUGACAUUUGACUUUGAUUUUGUGAAUGUCAUUAUAAGUGAUUCUGGAUUUUUAUUUCUGUAAGACAUCUGUCUCUUUUAAUGUUUUAAAUCUUGAGGCUAGCAGAGAAGUUUGAGGAAAAACUGAAAGAGAUUUACAUUACAUCACUCUACAUAUAUUUCGAUCUACUUUAAUGCUUUUUAUUUUAGGAGUUUAGUUAUGGUUCAUUCAGAUGACAAUGACAAUUAUAUAGCACCCUAUAAUCAGUCUACUUAACACAGGUAAAAACAUGGCAACACUUUAUAAUACAGCCCACAACUAAUGCGUAAUUCCCCUGUAAUUAAAAGGAAUAUCAAUGUAUUUUAUGUAAAAUUACAAUUAAAAUUGUGAUUGUAUUUACCUACAAAUAUUUAAAGGUAACAAGUCAUCCAGACCAUUGUUUUAAGAUUUUUAGUAUUAUAAUCUUAAGUCUCCUACAAUUUAUCUUGUAAACGUUGAUUGGUCAGUUGGGGUAAGUAGCUCUAUCUCCAUGCAGCUACAGGACUAGUUUUAUCCCUCUACAUUGUGUCCAUCUUUUCCUCCAAUAAAUGUUUAAUUUCACAAGUUCUUUUCAUUAUGGAAUUAACUGUCUGAUUAUGAGAUUAAAAAUAGUUUUUCAUCUCAACCUUUCACACACAAAUAUGUGUGUUUUUGACAGGUUUUCAUACAUUAGAGCCACAGCAGAGGGUGUUUUUCUUAAAAACAAUAUCUGAAUUAGGAUUAGAUGGAUUUGUGUAUGAAAAACACAACUAGUCAUAGAGUUAUUUGUAAAAUUUAAAGUUUCUGGGGUUUUUUUUUCCAAGGACACAUUCACACUUCUUGUCAUGCGCUUUUAAUUGUUGCUUUCUUGUUCCCUACAAUCUUUCUGACCUGUCAUCUAUGUUUAUUCUUCACAAAAGAUAUUAUUAUAUGAACAUUGUUUUGGCAGUAGUAUCAGUGGACUCUGUUGUGAUAUUUUGACAACAUUGUGUGCUUGUUGACAGAAUUUGAGUUUGUCUAAGGUCACAUCUAACAGACAUUGUUGUUGUUGCAGGUCUUUCCAAGUAUCCUGUGCCAUUUGAGUCCCCACAAAAGAACUGAGUGUAUUUUGUAUAAAAAUACACUAUCACUGUCAUGAUCCUGGGUCCGUUUGACCCAGCGUUUUGUGUUUCUCUUUUAAUGUGAUUUUGGUUCUGCUUUUCCUCUGUUUAGUGUUUACUCUGUUCAGCCCGCGUGUAUCCUUGUAUGUGUAGUUCCUGUUUUAUUGUGAAGGUCUGUGUCUUAUGUCAGUGUGUUCUGCUACGUUUCCCCUGCCUCGUCAGUUGUGAUGUCUUCCAGGUGUGUUCCCCUCCUGUUUCCCAUCCCCUGAUUACUGGUGUGUAUUUAUAGUGUGUGUUCACUCGUCCUCGUUGCUGGUUCGUCUGUGUUGUUCCCCGUCAUGUCCUGGUGUAUUCUCCCUGCAUCUACGUCUCUCACCUCAAGGUUUAAGGUUAGUUUUGGUGUAGCUUUUCCCAGUUUAGUUUAUUCUUAGGGUUUGGUUUCCCUCCUCCUCGUUCUUGUUGGUUUUCCCUUUUGUUAAUAAAGCUUGCUCACAACUGAAGCAGUCUGCAUUUUGGGUCCAUUAAUAUUCACACACGGCCUGCCUCGGCACCCCGUGACAAUCACAUUAUUUCUAAAAGCUUGUCUUACAAUCUUAAUCACCAAUUUACCUUAGAAAUCAAUUAUACUUUUGUAUGGGGGUUUUUUAAGCACAAAUAUCCUGAAAUGCCAUGUCCAGUCAUUUUUGUUCAAGUUCAGUUUUUAAUAUAAGCUAUAAAAAUUAAAAACAGUUGUACACCCUUACUCAUAAUAUUAUAGCCAGAUGUUAUUUUAAUUCUAUGAAUACAUUUUCAAUGCUUAAAGUCUUUGAAAUAAGUCCCUGAAUUGCCUGUAACCCCCAUUACUCUUACUCUUAGGGGCAUUGUUUUUUUGUUGUUGUUAUUUUUGUUUGUUUUCUUUUCUUUUUUAAUGGAAAUCGUCUUUUUUUUUUUUUUAAAGA